GCUGUGUUGUUGUUGUUGCCAUGGAGCAGCAGAGUCGCUGGUGAAGAGGGAGCAGCAGAGCAAACACUGAACCUGCACCUGAGCCCCCACCCUGCAUGAGAGACCUUCCUUCUGCUCCCCCAUCUUACAGCGCAGACCCCCAGGAUGAACAUUGUGCUGUCCAGAGAUGCUCAGGUCAAGAUCAUGGAGAACACGGUGUCCAACGCCGAGCAUUAUUUCGGACAGUUCUGCUCAGUGCUGGCGUCUUAUACUCGCAAAACGGCCAAACUGCGGGACAAGGCGGACGAGCUGGUCAAACAGCUGAUUGACUUCGGAAACACGGAGAACCCUGAACUGAGAAGCGCCAUGAAAAACGUGGGGGAGGAGCUGGCGAAGAUCCAGGACUACAGACACGCGCAGGUGGAGAGACUGGAAACCAAAGUAGUGGCCCCUAUGAAGAUGUACGGACCCUUAAUAAAGGAAAGGCGGGCAGAAAUAAAGAAAUUUAACACUGUGAGAAACAAAGAGAUAAAAGAGCUGCAGAAGUUGGAGAAGCUGCGGCACCGCGCACCGUCCGACCGUCACAUGAUUUCACAGGCUGAGUCCAGUGUGCAGAAAGCCUCCGUAGAUGCCGCACGCACCACCCAGCAGCUCGAGGAGGUCAUUGAUAACUUCCAGCAGCAGAAAAUCAAGGACAUUCAGAAAAUCUUCUCCGAUUUCCUGACGAUUGAGAUGGUUUUUCACGCCCGGGCCCUGGAGGUUUAUACCAGCGCCUUCCAUGGACUACAGGACUGUGACCUAGAGAAAGAUAUGGAGGAUUUUCGGGCAAAAAUUCACAUAAACACCGGGAUUCAGGACGCGCGCCCCGUCCCUGCGACCAACGUCUCCUCCAACACCACCUGGCACAUGAGCAGUACGAGCCUGGCGAGCACCCUGCAGAGACAGCGGCCUGUGGAGGAGGAUGAUGAGGAUGAUAGUGAGGAGGAUGAGGAGGAAGACGAUGGCUACCGGGAGCCCAGGAGGCAGGAUUACUCCAGAGUGCAGAAGUGAACACGGCUCCAUCUUACCCAUCACAGGACUGCGGGCAAAUACCACCAUAAGAUCUCGUAGUGUCUGAAAGUCUCGCGGUGACCUGGGAAAUCGAGACGCUCCGGUCACUGGGAUGAACGCAGUUGUGACGCUCUGCAACUUUCUGAUAGACUGUGUGUCUCAGUUCCUCACCGCAUCUCCGAUCUCUGCUUGCUGACAGUGAAUGAGGAAAUACUUUUUUUAUAUGGAGGCUGAACUCUCUUCUGAUUUUAUACCUGUCCCAGCUGAGGGUUUGUUACAAUGUAUCCAGUCCAGGCAAUCCUGUGCCCUGGACCCCACCCCGAUACAUUUAAACAGUAACUGUUGGUUUUUCAGAAUUGCUCCGCUAUUCCCAGUACCUCUACAGACAAAGAACGGAGCAGCGGCGGUCAUGUGCGGCCUUCCAUGCCUUUUAGAUCCCCGUUUUUGUGAUCGGAUGGGGGUUGCCUCCACCAAUCAGACACUUCUCUCCUAUCCUGACGAAUGGGGAUAAGUAUUGUGUCACAGCAGAGUUUGUUACAAUGUAUCCAGUUUAUACGCAUCAGUCUGGAGUCCAGAGCACAAAGGGGUGGCAAGACUGGAUACAUUGUAACAAACCCUCAGCUGUCAGAACAAUACUUGGCGGUGGUCUGGUUAUUGGGUCUCCUACCAAUCAUAAAAAUAGUGGAUCCCCAAGGGUGGACUGUGAACUUAAAGUGGCCCCAUGUUGUAGGCAGAUCCAUAUUGACAAAAGACGUGUCCAACUUAAGAAGGGGCCAGCAAUAAUGUAGUGCAGCACGGAAUAGCGCCCCCAUCAGACGCAGAGACCACGGUAUACGCAGCUGAACACAGGAGGGCACCGGCCCUCAUACACCUAGCAUUAAUACUGAGAGCAUCAGCUCGUGGUGUACUCGGAGGAGGGCUUUGGCGGCCCCCUGAGCAUCACCAGUUCCCUGUAGGGUCUAUGGCCAGUCCACCCCUGGGUGUCCCAUUCUCCUGGAUGGAUGGAAUGGUGGGUCGUUCAUUGUCUGUUCACCUACUGGGAAUAGCAGAGCACUCUAGCGCCACCUUGUGACCAGUGAUUGAAGCCCAAUAGUCAGAUGCUUGUCCACAUCCUGUGGAACUUGGCACAACCCCUUUAACCCCCCCCCCCCUUCCCGACCCUUGUAGUUCUACCUCCAGUUUAGUAGAGCCGGGGGGGUCCAUGUGAUAAAAUAUGGUCGUGUAAAAUGAAAUAUGUCUUGGGGUGCAGGCUGCAUACAACUGUACCAAACCCUCAGCUGUGAGAAUAGAUCAGGAUGUUUUUUUUUUUUUUCAGCCUCUGGAUGUAAACUAGAAUGUUUCCAUUUACUGACAGCUCGCAGAGAUCUUGAUAAUGGUGAGGAAUUGAAAUUCUUCCCUUGCAUUUUACUGAUGAUUGACCCAAGUGUGGGGCGAUGCUGCACCAUGUAAAAAAUGAGGAAAACAAAUAUAAACCGGCAAAAUCAGCACCAAAGAUGGGAUUAAUUUGCAUCAUUUUGGGAAUAUUUUACUGAUCUCAUUGCAUCAGGUUUUAUGCUCCAAUCACAGCCAAAGCUGAAUUCAUCAUCCUCCAGCUCAAUGCCGACAGAUCCUGAGGCUCUGUUACUGCGGUGGAAACAUUCUGCAGCAGCUUCGGCUGUGACUGGAGUGCAAGACCUAAGAUCUGUGCAAUUUGCAGUUUUUCUGAACAUGAUCUAUAGAUUUGCCCGAUAACCGUGGAGUAAUAUAAUAUAGUGACUGCGGACAAGGGUCGUGUGAGAAGAUCUCGCUGUCCUGACUUGUCGAGCACCAUUUUCACUAGGAAGAGACACGGCCGCCUGCGCUGUCAGAAGUGGUGCCAGUGCUGGAGGACUGUGAGGAGAACUGUUUAUUUUUGGAGGGAUGUGGAAGUUCCUUGUGUAUUUUUCUAGCUCGCUGUAUAGAAUUAGGUCUCAUGGCCCC